AGGAAGCUUGAGAGAGAAUUCACACUGGAUGAAAAUAAUUUUCUGAAGCUGGGUAUAUUCCAGGAACUGUAACCCAAAUGUUUCUCUGUCCGUGGAGAAGAUUUCACAUUUGAAAUAACUUCUACUGAAGACUCCACCUGAUGUUUUCUAGACAAGGUAGAGGCCUUUGUACCAAACUUAAUGGUACUCACGUGAAGCGUCUAAAAAGACAGCCCUCUGCUUCCCCCCAACAGAAUUGUUAAAUAAAAUGCAGGCCACAAAGUGAAAAUCACUGAUAAGUGGAAGGAUGAGAUGAAGUGAGACAAAAGGGGUUGUAUGAAACAGUCAUUACAGGCCUUGCAGAGGAGCAAGGAGACUUUUGGCAUUCUACUCCUAUAAGGAAUAAGAUGAAAAGUAGCAAUUACUUUGAAACAUACAUGACCUUCCUGCUGGUGGCAGCCUUCAGUGAAAUGGCUUGUUCCUUCAAUGUGAUAGAGCACACCUAGCUCUCAAAAAGUCUUAAGUUUCGCAACUCCAAGCAAGAACAGAAGAAAGCUAGCAAAUUGGAGGACUAAGCUGUGAAUUUUAUUUUGACACCAAAGAUGAUUGUCAUAGCAGAGCAGAGCACAAUGAUAAGUUGUAGGACUGUUUCUCCCUACUGCUUGUUUUGCAGUUUGUAGCUUGCUCCUGCCAAGACCAGGUUGUCAGACCCUCCUUUCUUGCUCUGUAGCUGUCUUUCAAUAAGACUCUACAAAGUGGUACUCUGUGGUAUUACAGCAUUAAAGAUGUAGAGAACAGUGAAAGUGCUAUUUAUGCAUAAAGAUUGAAAAUAUACCUGGCUUAUUUUGAGUGUAAAUCAGAUCUCAAGGAAGCUGUUCAGUAAACUUGUUGCCCAGAUAGAAUUACCUGUCAACUGUACCAAUGUGAUUGAAUUAACUGCUUGAAAAUAAGCAGCUUGGAUCUUUUAUUUUACAUCUAUAAAAAACCUGAAUCAAAAGCUAAGUGUGAACAAGAGUGAUUCUUUGAUGUAAUUUGGAGACAAUUGGAAAGUGUUAAAAGGUCAGUACUGGGAAUUGUUUCACAGCUGAUCAAAGCACUUGGGAAAAUUAAAGCCUUGAGUCCCUUACAAACCAGUAUGAACAGCAUGGCUUAGCUGAUUGGGAGGCAGAAUUGCUCGAUGGCCUUCUGUCAGCUCCUUCCACAUUACUCUGAUCUGUACUUCCAUAAAGAUGUCUAAUCCCCACAGACUGAGCAGUUGGUAUAAAACCCAGCUGGGCUUCCGAGCCUGGAGAGCAGUCCCGACUCCUGCUGGAACUGGAACAGGGAGAUCUCUAGCAUCUGCAUUUGCUAGAGCUAGUUGUGUCCCAUCAACAUGUUCUGGAAGUUUGAUUUGAACACGACAUCACAUGUGGACAAGCUGCUGGAUAAAGAAGAUGUGACACUUCACGAGCUGAUGGAUGAAGAUGACAUCUUACAGGAGUGCAAGGCUCAGAACCGCAAGCUGCUGGACUUCCUUUGCCAGCAGCACUGCAUGGAGGAGCUGGUCAACCUCAUCACACAUGAGCCCCCUGUGGAUAUGGAUGAGAAGGUCCGCUUCAAAUAUCCAAACACAGCCUGUGAACUGCUGACCUCGGAUGUGCCGCAGAUCAAUGACAAGCUAGGGGGGGAUGAAACUCUGCUGAAUAUCCUCUAUGACUUCUUGGAUCACGAGCCUCCUUUGAACCCUUUGCUUGCCAGUUUCUUCAGUAAGACUAUUGGGAAUCUCAUUGCAAGAAAAACGGAACAGGUGAUUGCAUUUUUAAGGAAAAAAGACAAAUUUAUUAGCCUGGUGCUAAAGCAUAUAGAUACAUCAGCAAUGAUGGACCUCCUGCUUCGUCUAAUCAGCUGUGUGGAGCCUGCAACUCUACGGCAAGAAGUACUGAAUUGGCUUAAUGAAGCAAAGAUUAUUCAGAGACUUGUGGAACUGAUCCAUUCAAGCCAGGAUGAGGACAGGCAAUCAAAUGCUUCCCAGACCCUGUGUGAUAUCAUAAGAUUGAGCAGAGACCAGAGCAAUCAACUCCAGGAUAUACCUGAGCCUGAUCCCCUUCUCACAGCACUGGAAUCGCAGGAAUGUGUAGAGCAACUCCUGAAGAAUAUGUUUGAUGGAGAACAGACUGAAAAUUGCAUAGUGAAUGGAACACAAGUUCUUCUAACAUUGCUGGAAACAAGGCGCUCUGGGGUAGAAGGACUGAUGGACUCAUACACUCAGGGAUUUGAAAGGUCUUACACUGUCAAUAGCAGCAUCUUACAUGGUAUUGAACCAAGGCUAAAAGAUUUCCACCAGCUGCUGCUCAGCCCUCCCAAGAAAACAGCAAUCCUAACUACAAUUGGUGUCUUGGAGGAGCCACUGGGGAAUGCUCGUCUUCAUGGAUCUCGUCUAAUAGCUGCUCUGCUUCACACAAACACUCCCAGUAUUAAUCAGGAACUAUGCAGACUCAGUACCAUGAAUUUAUUACUUGACUUAUUUUUUAAAUACACAUGGAAUAACUUUUUGCAUUUCCAAGUGGAAUUGUCCAUAGCAGCUAUUCUUUCACACUCUGUGCAAGAGGGAAAAACUAUUACUAAUGACCUAGAAAGCAAAGAAGAGGUGCUGAAUGGAAAUGUGGCUACAGAGAACUUAGAGACUCCAGAAAACAAUACUGAGAAUAUCAUGGUUACUCAUCUGUUCCAGAAAUGCUGCCUAGUACAAAGGAUAUUGGAUGCCUGGGAAGCCAAUGACAAAAUACAGGCAGAAGGUGGAAUGAGGCGAGGCAAUAUGGGCCACCUCACCCGAAUAGCCAACGCUGUAGUACAGAAUAUGGAGAAGGGCCCCAUGCAGACUCAAAUUAGUGAGUUCAUUAAAGAGCUACCUGAAGAUUGCAGAGGGAGAUGGGAGAGUUUUGUAGAAGAGACGCUGACAGAAACAAACAGGAGGAAUACAGUGGAUUUGGUGAGCACUCACCAUCUGCACUCUUCCAGUGAGGAUGAAGACAUUGAGAGUGCUUUUCCCAAUGAACUUUCUCUCCAGCAGGCCUUCUCUGAGUACCAGAUCCAGCAGAUGACAGCUAACUUUGUGGAUCAGUUUGGCUUUAACGAUGAGGAGUUUGCAGACCAGGAUGAUAAUAUCAAUGCUCCCUUUGACAGGAUCGCAGAGAUAAACUUCAAUAUAGAUGCAGAUGAUGACAGUCCCAAUGCUUCCCUCUUUGAAGCCUGCUGCAAUGAGCGGAUCCAACAAUUUGAUGAUAAUGAGGAAGAAGAAGAUAUCUGGGAAGAGAAGGAGAUAACCUAUGCAACCCAAGUUAAAUCAAGAACACGAUUUGGAGCAUCUCAGACCUCAGAGAGUUCAUCAAAAAGUGAUCUUGAGAAUGGAGAUCAUGAUGGUAGUGUGGACUCCGAAGAAGAGGAGGAAACAGAACAGCAGCCGCCUCCUUCCUCAGCAAACAACAACAAGAAUAAUAUUUCUGAGCAGAAAGAUUCUGACUCCUCUGAAGGGUCUGGAUGGACGGCUGUGUUUGAGCCCGUGAACUCGAAGCCCCCUGCACCCUGUGUUGCCAUGGAUGUUGGAUCGAGUGUAUGGGAUUCAGCAGCUCCAGAGAACACCACGCCAGAGGAGAAAGGAUGGGCAAAGUUUACAGACUUCCAGCCUUUCUGUUGCUCAGAAUCAGGUCCACGAUGCAGUUCUCCUGUCGAUACAGAAAGCAACGAUUCAGAUGGAAACCCGAAGCAGAGUCAGGACAAAAACUUCAGCGCUGCCUCUCCCUGUGUUUGGAACGUGUGCGUCACGAGGAAAGCACCGCUGGUGGCCUCUGACAGCAGCUCCUCUGGAGGCUCUGACAGCGACGAGGAGGAGGAUAAAGCUGAUAUCGUCACAGAAACCAUCAGCACAGGCUCAGGCCAGGAAACCAUCAAGCUGACUAUGGAUGCUAAAAAUGAGAAGGCUGUUUUCACCAGUGAUGCAGACUGCAUGGUUAUUGAUAAGCUGGCCAUCACUGACAUCGGAACAACAAAAACAUCCAAACCCCUGAACAACGUGACCCAGCACUCAGAGGAGCACCAGAACACCGCUGCUGUUGUCACAGCUGUCACGGAAACGGCCACAAAAGACAGGAAAGAAGAAGUCUUGCCCUGUGCUGAAGCCACAUUAAAUGGCCCUGCUUGAUGAAACAGAUGCAAUGGGACGUGUGUGAUCCAGGCCAGGCUGCUACCUGGUGAUGCAAUUUGUCAAUUUUUUUUUUUUUCACUUUAAUUUUAUUUUUUAAUAAAUGCUGCAUUGAUGAGAGAGCUGGCAUUCAGGACCAGACAUGUAGUUUCAACACCAACAAUCUGUUCUGAAAGACACUUGCAUUGUCUAAAUGUAGCAUUGAUCAGUUAGUCAUCACAGGAAUGAUGGGGUUCUUCCCAAGCAAGCCUUCUGCCUAAUUUUAGUUCCUUGUCCCCUUCCCUCUCUCCCUUGUUUUUGUUUUAUAUUUGGGGUUCAGUCCUAUUUUCUUAGUGUUAUUGCACACAGUAUUCAGCUUCUCUUCAGAAAGGUAGCAGGUCUAACGCUGGGACUUGGACAGUGCACAAGAGUCCCGCAGUCGUGUGACCAAAGUUCCUGAUGGAGCUGUCUUUGGGCAGCAUUUGCACCGCUUUUGUAUAGCAAUAAAGCCUUAUCAGAAACAUUUCAUAGGAGGAAAAGAUGCAAACACUUUAAAUGGGAUGAAGCAGGGAGGGAUUUUAUUUUACAUUUUUGUGGGGUGGGAGGGAAGUCAUUGACAUUGUCCCAAGCCAGAGGCCAAGUAGCUAACUUGCUGUAAUGCUGAACUGUCUUGAGAAAUGGGAAGUCUCUUCAUUCCAGUGAAUUGCUCAGUGCUCUCUCCUCUGGAGACGUGACAGUUCACUGCAGGAUCUUGGGUCAGUUAGCAUUUGGUCUCCUCUGUCCGAGCCAUCAAAACUCAACUUCCCGGAUGUCAUCCUCCGUUGGCUGGAGAGUAUGCAAAGAAGGUAGCAUGUUGUUUGCCAGCUAAGAGGAUAAUGAUCCACUGGACUGCUGCCAUGCAGGAACAAGAGCAGAUAUGGCACAAACAGGUUAUCAGGUGUUUGCUGGCUUUUUGGAGACUAAUGUAUUUUCAAAUUAUUAUGGAAAUCCUUUUCUGUUUGUUUUGUUCUGUUUUUAAAGUUUUUAAUGGAUGCAGGAACAGCAACACUUUUGCACUUUGUACCUAGUGACAACAUUGGAGAGUGAAAUGGCCCCAGCACAGGACUCCUGCUGUUAGCCCCCAGGUGGUCGGUCGUGGAGAAGUUAGGGCGGGGGGGGACAUGUACCGCUGCCUUGGGAUGGUAGAGUAAAACAGUACGGAGAAAUGGACUGCGCUUCAAACUGCCUGGGAGCAAGGUCAGUUGAAGGUGUGUACUUGACUCUGGAACACAGGAUCUUCUGCGUAGGCUGAAGGACCUACUCCUGUAAAGACUGUACCAGUUUCAGACACAGGUCUGCACUGAGUGGUGCUGGCCUCUGCGUUGAGCUUGUUCCCAGACCGGACUUGUGCACAUAGAUCAUACGGGUGUAGAUGUUGGGCCACUUGCAGAAGCAGGCUCGGGCUGGUAACAGCAGAUUGCCACGACCAGUGCUCCAGUGCUUAUGCUCUACUCCUGUAGUCUAGAUACAGAGCUGGGCCUGCUUUUGUGUGUAAGCUGUAUGCUGAAAUCCACCUGUCAAAUGUUAAAUGCCGCUUAUUUUAUUAGUCCAAGACCUAAGCUGGAAAAUCAUUCACUUUGGAAUAAAAGCAUGAAGCUUGACACAUAGGUAGCCAAAUAGCUUACUUUCAGAUAUAUUCUCACUUGUGCAUAACGAGGGACUUUACCCUGUGAGUAUUAAAAAGUACCUCACACAGAUCUGUUGUUAUGAGCAAAGGCAUCCUAGCCAGACUUCAGUCUUCUUAAAAAAUACUUUAUUUUUAACUGUGAUAUGUAUGUAGUGCAUAUUGAAUUUUCUUAACUGUAUUGAGAGCUGGUGUUGGGGGGGGAGUGAGAUGAACAAAAUGUUUUCACAGUUAGAGUCAGUCUGUUCUGCUGGAUCAGUAUCCGACGGUGACAUACCCGCAGCACGAGGUUAUCUUUGUGUGCCCAAAGAUAACGUAUUUUCAUUUUUGCUCUUAGGGAGAAUUGAGGAUUUGCUUUGCUGGAAUACCAGAUACGGAGGUUGCAGUGCAGAAAGCAGGAUGAGAUUACUGUGUGCAUCUUGGAAGUUGGGUGCUAGGGUUGUGGGCCACUUGUAUGCUGCUGACAUAGCUGUGAUUUCUCUCAGCUGCAAUUACUGGGUAAGCAGGUGCUUUCGUGGCACAGUACUGUUGUUCUGGAAGUCUUCUCACUCACUCCUUGUAAUUUAAAAUAAUAAUUUAAAGUUACGUUGCGCUGGGAGGAAAAAUCUCACUUUCUGCUUUGGUUACGCUGCUUGCUAUUUGGAGAUCAAUCCUACCCUUAGCCAGGAUUAUCAGAAAUGAUUAGUGGUUUUGAGUUCCUAAUUGGAGACACAUUAAAGUCUUAAUUUUCAGAGGAUUGGUGCUAGAGUUUUUCUGAAAAUCAGGUUCUCUUCAGGCAUUCUUUAAACACUUAAAAAUGAUACUAUGAAAACUGAAAAAUCAUUCUUCUAAUACAUUAGUUCAGCUUAUUCCAGCAGCUGGUUGAAGACCAUGAUUGGGCUUCAGUCCCAUUAAAUACCAAGUGGCAAUAGUUCUCUUCCAGUCUGUUCUCAUUCAUGGUUCUUGACUGUGGUGCUUGCAGGUUCCACCAUGCUGCAAUUAUGACCAAGUCCAUUUAGGAUCAAGAGAUUAAGGGGAGGUGUCCAUAGCAAGCACAAUUUGAUCAUCCUUCUGGCUUGAUACAUUUUCAGCCACCUUGUUAAACAGAUAAAUGAUUUUUGCGUUAGGUUACGUCAUAGACAGGGGUCACCUUACAUCACCUCAAUCCGUGCUGGACGAUGUUGCAAGAAUACUGAUUAGCUGUACCCGCCUGAUCUGUUCAUGAUGCCUUGGUUUGGGGAGCAGUAACCUCCACCCGAAAAGUGAUACAGAACAGUUGGCAGCAAUAACAUCCUAAAAUGUUUCAGAGAGAUAAGCAAGGAUGUGUCUGUGCCUUUCGUUGCAGACUCUGAACUUGUUGUUCGUUAGCUUUUGGUUUUGAGUCAAUAAAUUUAAAUGAAAGCUUUAAUAAUAUAUUUAAACAUAUCCAGUAAGCAGAUCUAAAACCACAGUUUAGUUACUGGGGGACACAUUGUCUUAGUUUAUUAAUUUGAUUACUGGUGUCCAGUUACUUUUGUGAUAAGACAUUUUACCGGUAGUUAACUAGAUUUGUAGAAAUGCACAAGCUCUCUUGCUUUUGUGACAGUGAAUGAUUCCUCCACGUUUGGGAAUUAAGCUCUGAGCUAUACCUCAUUGCUCCCGUAGGAUUGGUCUUCACACCAGCCAACAAGCUGAUCUAGAAAAAGUUCCUCAUGCUUGGUUUGUUGGGGUUUGCAGUUCAGAACAGAUCCAGAGUCAGAUGAUGGUUUCCUUGCCUGGCUCAAAUGAUUUUAUAGGUAAACCGUGCAUAAAUUUCUUUCUCUUUCUAAGUCUGAGCUUCCUGUCUAUCUGGAGUCACAGUGAAUAUGUUGAGGUUGGAGGGUCCCAUGCCUGUAGUCGGUGGCCUCUCUCAGUCCCUGUUGCUGUCUGAGCUUUCUUCCUUGCCGUCCCAGACUGCUGCCCAAUGCUCUGCAGGGCAGCUGGGCGCUCCGACUGCUUUCUCUUUUCAGGUGACCGUAAGGUACAGCAUGCAGUGACUUGACCAAGCCCUUUCCACAGGUCAGGCCGUGCCACAUGCAGUGCCAGCACUGUGUCUCCGUGGCGGUUAUUCAUGGUGGCGUCUUGGGGCACACUGACUGCGGGAGAGCUGCGUUACCUUCUCACCGAGUAAGCCCUGUGCUCUAGGGAAAGACUCCUACUCAAGGUUGUAGCGGGAUGUAUUGUCUACUGAAAAUGGAUUUACUUAACCCAGCUGUACCCUUUGAAAAACACCUCAGCUUGCUUAGAUACUUGGUCAGAAAGCAGUGGAGACUAAACAGAAGUUAUAUUCAACACUGUCCUUCCUCAUUUAUGUGCAGUAUUUUGAAUCUGUCCAUAUCGAUAUGGUAUAUAAAAUUUUAGGUUUGAAUAUGUAUACUGAUGAGUGUGUAUAUAGAUAUAUAUUUGCAAUAUGUAUUAUUCCAUGUAUAUUUAUACACACACAGUUGGAUAUUGUGAGAAACCUGGUGAAGCAGACACUCAGAGCACAACGAGCCUAACUUUUAUAUCUAUGUACAGCUCCGUGAUCAGUAGCAAGUCAUCGAUUAAACAUUUGUUGUACAAGACCAAAACCAGCAAGGCAUACCUCACUGAGGGGAAAUGGUUCUGCUAGAACAUUCUAGUUCAAGGAUUUUACCCAACUGGAUGUUGAUACGGUGGAUUACAAGAGAGCAGCGGCUUCUCCAGUGAUCCUGCUGUUGCGGGCAUCCCUGCUGCUGCAGAGCCUUGCCCACGUGCUUUCGUGCUGGUGAGGAGGGGGCCUUUUCUGCACAAUUAGCAGUUAAAAAGUGAUCAGUUUAGCCAACACUAAAUAAUUCUUGAAUCAUAACACAUUUAUCUUUGGCUGGUUGGACUGUGGGAAAAAUAUGUUACUUUGGAUGAUGCAGCCGUUCAGCUGUCCUGCCAUCAUCACAUCAGAUGACUGUUUUCAGGCAUCCAAACUCCUGUGUUCAGUACCUGGGUAUUAAACUGCGGGGAGAGCACAGCUGUAGGGCUUGCAGUCAGAAUAACCCUGUACUGCAGAAAGAUCAAGUGUAACUAGUUUGGAGCCAUGGAGAUGUGAUCUGAUAGCAGAUAAAAACUCAAGUGGUUUGGAUUAAUUAUUUCUAUUGCUCACUACAGGCUUUUAAUGCUGGGUUCAGGGACGACAGCACUACGAGCAGGCGGGUGGUUACGUACCCUCUUCAAACCAGGGGAGAUCGGGCGUUGGGUUCAUGGGCUUGCUGUCCCAAAUUGAUGAGGUCCUCUAAAAUUGUAUCCACCAGCUUCAAAUUAAAGUUUAGGUGAGGUAGUCCUUUGAAGGAAAGUGAUUAAGGGACAUGAUUGUAGUUUAUUCAGUUUCACCAGUCUUCUAACAAAAUUUUCCCACACAAAAAUACAAUUUAUUGCUGCUUCUCUUGAGUCAUAACAAUUAUGGCAGGCAAAAUCCCAGUUACUCUUCUGGGUAAUAGGUCCUCAGCAAAGCCUGAUAGAAAUUUUGUAAGCGUUCAAAGGCUUUGCUGCCCUUAUUGCUUUUUAGCAGCUUAGCCUUAUUGCAGCUGGCAAGCAGAAUGGAAAAACAGUGGGUGCACAAAUUUAUUUAAAAAAAAAAGAAGAAAAAGAAAAAAAUAAAACAGCAAAAAAACCACAGUGUUCCCCUCAGCAUCUAUUCAAAAAGGUUCAGGCAUCCCAGUUUGCCAGUGGAAAGGUUUUAGGUAUGGUGCAGUGUGCAAGGUGAAUGAAAGUUAAGGGACAUUCCUAAAUAAUAUAUCUAAAGGAAAAAAAUUUUAAACGGCUUUAUUGUUGUCCACAGACAUCCCAAAAUCAUUCUUCCAAAAAUUAGCCAGUGAGCCGUAAUCGAAAUCAUUAUUUAUCAGUGGCAUAACUUAGAGCAAACCUUAGUGCCAGUCACUAAAGGUUUACACCACACUGCAUGCUCCUUAAUGCUUCAGUCUCGACUUAAUCCUUCCAGCCACAAAGCGCCUUGAUUUCCCUCCUGCCCAGUUAAAGCUGUGCCUGAGAAUACAGCCUGGGGCUGUAGAGCCCUGGGCUAGGGCUUUUUGGUUGUUACACCUCUUUCUCUGCACUUCUUGUCUGACACUCUUAACUGUCGUCAGUAGUGUUUUCAUCAGUAUGUACUAGUAAGUUAUUUCUAGACUUCACCUUCCAUUGUGCUAAGCACUGUCUUAUUGCAGUGAUAAUCACAGUAAAGCUGAGCCUCAUUUUCUUCAGUUGUUCAGUUUAUCUGGUAGGGGAAACAGCUGCUGUAUGGCAGAAUCCCCUAAUUUCUGCAAACGUUAAAGACCAAAGUGGUUUGCCAGUUGUGGAAGAGGUGCCACAAAGUCUUGCAAGUACUGUGAUACUGACCAGGCAAUUUGAUGUCACCUGAGACUUCACGAGAGGAAAGUCCUGCAUCCUGGCUGCCAGAUUAAUUAUACUUGAUAAAUAAGAUCAUUCGAUAUUUUUGCAAUGUAAUACUUGACUUUUUUGAUGCCAUAUAGCAGCUCAUCUUGCAGUUUUCACUCAUUUAAGGAACAGGUUUUCUUCUCCUCUUGCUCUUCCCAAAGCAGUGAUCUCAGCCUGAAUCAUGUUCAGAAAUUAUAAACAAUUGAUUUUUUUGUUACCAGAGGUUUUGCUGUUGUUAGAACAAAAUGAAACCUGCUGUUUACAAUGGGAUGCUAAUUCUCUUUGUUUCGUUUGUUGUUAGGUUUUUUUACCUGGCAUCAGUUCUCUCUGGAAUCCUAUUCUGCCACGUACUCUGUUGUUCUGAAAGCAUCUGUAUCUUCGGUUGUGGGCUCUCACAAGGCAAGCGUAAUGCACCUACAUGCUUUUUUGCCAACCCCAGCUUUAAAAUAAAACAUUUUUAGGUGCUUCUCCCUGAAGGGAAACUCAGUUUCUGAAUCUCAUCCUAGUCCUUUCAUGUUAGGGGAGAACACUCGGUGGGGGAAAACACUGAAAGUGUUGUGCAGUAUGAUGCAGGUUCGUGAUUUAGGAGUGCGGCUGUUGGCUUGUGGUGCAGGAGAGUUUUUCUCUGGUUUGGACGUCACAGGCCAUUAAAAACCAACCAGCCAAACAGCUGAAAGAUAUGCCCUUGUUCUGAGAAGAUCUUACAGCUUUCUGUUUGGAUUGCAUGGGAUGGGGGCUUUACUUCUGAAAAAAAAAAAAAAAAAAAAAGUUGAUGCGUAGGAAAGAGGUGAAGAAGAACGGAGAGCUGUACUCGGGUGUAUCCAUCUUCACAAGGUCGUGUCAUUCGGGAGCUUAGUGUUAAUUGGCUUAAACUAGGACACGUUGCAUUCAGUACAGUACACAGAAAAUUCACAGAGGCCUCUAACUAAACUGAUGAUGCUGCACACUUCAGAGUGGUUUUAGGAAAGCUGUUCCUUUCAUUGCACAGUACAUUUCACAUUACUGUUAGCUUCUGGCUCCUUAACACAUAUUGUGCUACUGCUUCUUUCUUUUCUAGUCUUGUCCUAAGUUGUGUGGUUUCUCUAACCAGGGUGUAAAAGGAUUUGUUUAAGCCUUGUUACUCAAACCACCAUGUAAUCCAGGGUAUGGUUGUGUAUAAUAUGGUUAACGCUAGGCUUGCAAGGAUUUAGUUUUAUUUUCAAGAGCAACAUGGGCGGGGAAGAGCUGAAGGCGCUCUGAAAGCUAAUUAAAGUAAAACCUUGGUUUUGGAGGCUAUCAAGUGUAUUGACAUUGAGUGCAGCAAUAUGUGUCUUUUAUAAAAAAAUCUAGGGCUUAGGUAUUUAUUUGUAACUGUUCUCUAUUUGAUUCAAUAGCUAGCUAAUCAGGUUGCAACAGGAUUUUUUUCCUUUGCUCUGCUGAGAUUAAAUCUGAGUUUGUGGCGCUUUGCUAUUGCGAUAGGUGCCUCUUUUUCAGAUCCGUCCCCUCGCAGUCUGUGCAUUCCGAGCUCAAGUAGAGCACAGUUGUCUCUAGUGGAGCUGAAUACCUUGCUGCUGGCACAUGGCACAAGAGGGGAGAGCUCUGCGUUUUGGAAACGGGUGGUACGACCUUUGUAAGAUGGGCUAAGACUGACUUUAUGCAAGUGAUUCCCCUCCCCCCCCAUUUUCUUAAUAAAUGUGUUGUUUCAGCAGUUUUUGUUUUGUGGAUAGAAGAUACGUGCAUUGUUAGUUUCUCCAUCAAAGAAAGAAAACAUUUUUUGAGAAAAAAAGGGUCCCAAACUUGAGAACAACCCAAACCCCACUUGUAGCUCGUUCAAUCUUAGAAAGAGACAUUUAGUAUUAAAUAUCAUUUCUUGGUAAGGUUGCACCAGUGUGUUCACUCAGUCAGAACAGAGUGCCAUAUCUCAGACUUGGGCAUUGUGAGCUCUAAGCACAGGAUUUCCAUUAUUACUAAAUUUUAAAAUAACUCGUGAUGAAGUUUGAAGUAAUAAUUUUACCUUUGCAUGACAACUUGCAAAAAAUAAAUCCUUCUGGUCAGGGGAACUGCGCGUUUUUAGUUUCAUUAUGGACAGUGCCUUAGCUUGGUCCCAGAAUUAUGCAUCGUUAAUUAUUUUUAUAGGUCUUAGGUAGCAGAAAUGGACACCUUAGAGGUGCUUAAAGAAUAGACCAUUUUUAAAAUUCAGUUCAGUGAAAGUUUAAGAUUCUUUGGCAAAUAGGUUUGAUACAAUUCCUAUUGAUUUCAUACUGGCUGAAGUUUCCAACUUUAUAAGGAAUGCUGUUUCAUUUGGGGCGAGAAAGCAAUUUUUGAUAAUGGUUUCCCUCCGUGGUAGCUGCUGAUAAAAUGCCAGCUGAUAGGAAGUUUCUAGUAAAUCUAAGCAGGCAUCUUCUGUGUACAUUCACUAUGAACUUUCUGACAAAUUUGAAUGGAGAAAAUAAACAAUUUGGCUCCUAUAUGCUAGCUUAUCUCAUCUAAAACUCACUUACCUCAUUACUAGAAGGGCAUUGUGGUGACCAGUCCAACCUCCCUGUUCAUUUUUGUACAAAAAUUAACUGUAUUUCCUAGUGACUGUUAUCUGUCACCUUUCACAACAUAAGUAUAAAAAUGUUAGUGAAAUAUGCCUAUGUGUAAAAUGUAUUUUUAUAUUUGAUGCUGAUCAGGAGAGACGAAUCCUUUUUCUCUCCCUGAAGUUGGGGGGGCUUUUAUAAAGGACAGAUCCUUCCCCAUCUAUUUUUUAUUUUCUCAAAUUGUUUGGACAGAUGUAAACUAUUAAAAAUCUUUUCUCAUGUAAUUUUGAUGCUCAUAGCUAGUUUUUCUAGACCUUUCUAGGAAUUCUAGAAAUGCUGUAGAGGAUCUCCCACUGUCGGUGGAUUUUUAGUAAGCUUGUCUUCUGCGGUAAAGCUUGCCAUUGCCAGAUGCUUGCAAAAGUGUCUCCUAGGCUAGAUAAUUAAUGGAACUAAACUUGAAAUGUAAUUAACUACAGGCACAGCAAAUGUUAAUUGAAAACUUUUUUGUCGUGUACAGUGUGGAACUAUUUCUUGCUCCUUGGUAAGCCCAUGGAAAUCCUUUGCUGAAAUGGUGAACGUUGCGUCUGAGCCAGCCAGAGCUCGGUCGCCGGCGGUGAGGUCCUGGUCUUGCUCUGUCCUCCUUUAAGCACGUGCUGGAGUAUAUGUAGCCAGGUCUCUUGGAUGCUGCAUCCGUGUGGGCUUUCAUGUACAAAAUAGGUAUUGAAGAAUCACCUGUGGUACUUCUUGCACUGGAGGCUGUGCGAGAGGAGGGUUGUGCUUCUCUGUUGUCGGGAACCCUGAGCUGGCACCGUGCUGGCAUGUUCCUCCAUGGUCCUUGUGUUCCGUGGUCCUCACCGCAUGGCAGUGACAUUGCACUGAAACCUUAACUCUUUUCCUGCUCAUCCCAUCUUCAGACUAAGGCUUAAACACCAAAUUGUGACUGACUUGCCAGGACAAUCUGGAAAAAUGGCUUUAUGCAGAAAAUCACCUCUUUUCCCCCAAGGUCAGACGACAUCCAUCUCUUGCACAGCGGUGCGUUCUCUCUGUCCGGGCUCUCUCUACGUAUCACCACCUCUCCAGGUGUGUCUGCUCAAACCAUUCAAAGGGCAAAGAGGCAAAACGGCUUCUGUUCUCAGUGGCACCUUACAGAGCAGGGACGGACCCUUUUUAGGGGAUUUGUCAGUUAUCUGAAACGUGCCGGUAUCGGUUAGGAUAACACAGGGCACUAAACUUGCCUUGAAGUGCAUUGAUCACACAUGUAAUUUAAAGUUCUGCAUUCUUACUCUUUCAGAAUCAAAUAACAUAAAGAAAACCAUUAAUUACCUCAUGCUGUAAAUUUAUGUAACAUAUGGAUCACGUGAAAAUGUGCGUGUUACAUGAAAACAUUAGAAGUUAAAAAAAAAGGAAGUAUUUAGCAAAUAACACAGUAAGUUGUAAUAGUUAAUUCAGUGUUCAGUUCCUAUAUAUGAUUUGAAAUAGAAGCAUUAUCUUUGUAAAGAAUAUCUUCGCAGUCAUUAUCAAAGCACAGUUUUCUUUUUGUCUGAGACUUUGAACAGACUUUUCUUUCUUUCUUUGUUUCUUAAAAUAAAUUGGCCAAAGCACAGGGUGGGAGAGUUCAAAGUACUGGGGACUCCUUUGUUUCCUUUCAGAAACUUCUCUUCAUGUGACACGUAUCCUAUUCAUUUGUAAUUAAUUGCCAUUUAUUGCGACACAUCACUCCUGCUAUUUCCCUUGUAAACCUGUGAACAACUUCUCUCCCUCUGUCAGUCUGUCUGCUGAAACUUUACCAAGAAAAGGCAUUUGUGCUCACUUAGAUACUGACCAGCUCCUAGCUGGGAUAGAGCCUGCCUUUUUUUUUUUGUUGUGUAACUUCAGUUUGUCUCACUUCUCACACUUUCCUACUUCACCUUUUAUGGUACAAAUCCACCAGACCAUCCUUCCCUGGCCAGCCUUCCCCUGAAACUGUCUGCCACGGGGAUCGGGGGCAGAAUCGCAUCAUCUUGUGAGUAUGUGUGUCGUCUUUCGUGCACGAGAUGGGUUUGCGGCAUCUACGGUGGCCACUCUGAGGGGGGUCAGGAUCGCCCACUCCGCUGUGGCUGGGUCGGGUUCAUCUGCCCCGUUCCCACCUGGGACCCCAUCCUCGCCCCAACGGAGAGUUCUCCCUCUUUGCAUUCCAGCUGAUGACUGAGUGCCCUUGAAGGAGUGAACUGUCUCUAGGGCAAAACAAUGAUCAGCAAUAAAAAUUCCAGAUAUAAAAGCACCAGUGCCUUUGUUUUAGUUCAGAAGGAGUAAUUUCUUCUCAUUCCAGCUUUGGAACCAAGUCGUGUUUCAUCUCCAGAUAGCCAGGAAACGGGGAAAGAGAACAUGAUGCGCAGAAGGAUCCCACGCUGUAAUAAUCAUAAUUUUCAAAUACCCCACUGUUGUUCCGAGUGCCUUAUAUCCAUCCAGAUCCCAACAAAAGGUAUUUUCAGUUCAUUGUGCUCUCCUUCCUCUUACGCCUCCCUGACCUCAUAGCUGCUUAUGCCACUUGGUAGAUCCCCCGGUGUGUGCCGCCGAGCUUCCCGGCUGUGGCCGUGUUUCCUGCGCGGCGAGCUCCUGGCUGAGUCCAGCGAGGUCUUCUUCACCAGGGGCUGCAACAAGGACCCCUUCUCUCCCUUCCGUGGGCUUUUAUGUGGAGUUAGGGUGUGAAGAUGAUUUCAGGACCGUUACUGGUAGUGCAUGGGGAAUCAGGAGAUGUUGCAGCAUUGCCGUGCCUCCAUGCAAAAGGUCCGUGGGUUGCCUUUAAGGACAGGGCUGUGCAAAGAGAACAGGCUCCUUUUUCUAAAGGAUAAUGGAGAUUAUGCGAUGGGGGCUAGUGCAGCAGGGCAUUUAACGUGGAGUAGUAAAGGUAAAUUUGAUGUACAUCCUGCUGUCUUUUCAGAAGGUUUUAUUGAUGUCCAACUAAAAAAUGUACGUUGAAUUUGUCCUCCAGGUGUUAGAGAAACUAUCCUUAAAAGCGCCUAAGAAAUUGAUUAUACCUAAUUUUGUGUUUAAAUAUAAUAUUUAAUAUUAAAUAUCUUAUUUAAUGUGUAAUUUAAAUCAAAAUG